UCGGCACACUGUACGUGUUUUCCAAUGAUUGAUUCCUCAGAUCCAUCAUUUGUUUUACUGUGUUAUAGUGAUACAUUAAAACAGAGAAACAAAAGGAAUAAUAUGAACAAUGUGACAGAGAUUUCCUCUCUUAUUCUUGUGGGUCUAUCAGACCAUCCACCGACCAUGAAUGCACUUUUUGUGUCCUUCCUUCUCAUCUAUCUGAUGACUCUUAUCACAAACCUUCUUAUUUUUUUCUUGGUCCUCACUGACUACAAUCUGCACAACCCAAUGUAUUUUUUUCUUGCCAACUUGGCAUUUCUGGACAUGUCCUAUUCAUCAGUGACGGCACCAAGGAUGCUCUUUGAUUUGGUCACAAAAAGCCGAUCAAUAUCCAUUCCUGCCUGUAUAGCCCAAGUCUUCUUUUACCUCUCCUUUGUUUGCUCAGAAACUUUAUUGCUCUCGGCUAUGUCCUACGAUCGCUACAUUGCCAUCUGCCACCCCCUACAUUACAAACUAAUUAUGUCUUGGAGGGUCUGUACUUGUAUGGCCUCUCUGGUCUGGGUUGGAGGAUGUUCUGUCUCUUUGGUUCAUACUUUAUUUUUGCUCAGGUUGUCCUUCUGCAGAACAUCUUCCAUCCACAACUUCUUCUGUGACCUUCCACACUUAUAUCAAAUUUCAUGUAGUGACCCCUUCAUAAACAUGGUGGUCUUAUUCCUAGAAAGUGCCAUUCUUGGAUUGGGAAUCUUUCUUAUGACCUUUCUUCCCUAUGUCUAUAUUUUUAGUACUAUCCUUAGAAUCCGUAGCAAGACUGGAAAGAGGAAAGCCUUCUCCACCUGCACAUCACAUAUUACGGUGGUCUCCAUCUUUUAUGGCUCCAUCAUUUUUAUUUACUUGGUCCCCACCUCCAGCGAUAUGAUCAGUUUAAACAGACUGUCUACAGUCAUAUCUGCCCUCAUUAACCCAUUGCUGAAUCCUCUGAUCUACAGCCUGAGGAACAAAGAUCUCAUGGAGGCACUUAUGAGGUCUUAUUAUCACUUAAAGUUAAUCCGGGCAUCAUUCUGAAAACAUCAUUAUGAAAUGUGAAAUGUUUUGGUAUUUCUGUGAUAUUAUUCAUUGACUAAAAAUCUCAGUAAUGUCCUUUAUGAAAUGUAAACAUGUCAGGAACUCAUAGCUUUACUUACCCUCAGGGCCGGCACCAGCAUAAGGUGGUUUAGGCAGAAUUAGGUAAAAUGCACCUUCACCUGUAUAGACAAAAUCCUUGUACCGACCCCCUACUUACCCUUGUAUGACUGGGACCAUUGUAACCAACAGACCAAAAGUAGCAGUUCCAGUAUGCUUUAAUGCUUUAAUUAUCCUCCGUCUUACUUCUUUGACCUGGCCUCUCAGCUGUCGGUUUAUUGCCAGCUCCUAUCUCUCCACAGUCACCCACCUGUUGAGGAUUUCCUGCUCGUCAGUCCUGCUUACAUAAGCCAUCCGGCCCAGAUGAUCUCUGCCUUCACCUGGUCAACGUCACAGAGACUAUCGCCUGCAUUUCUGUUAAAGACUUGCUUGGCUGAUGGUCC